AUGAAAUCUACGAAGAGAGCCGAGCACCAUGAAGGGGGUAGGAAGCGACGAAAGAAGGAGACAGUAGACUUUACAGGAUCGACAACUCAUGAACUUGGGCUACGCUUGGGACGUGGGUCGUCUGGAUUCUUCAUGUCUCGACCAGAUGAUGGGCCUUUGCGAUCUACUAUUCCAGUGAAUGCUGCUUUGCGUGAAGAUUACCAAAAUCGUCGAGAGCGGGAUGCUAUGGCGCGUUUGCUAGAGUCUACGAGAGCUAGGCUGCCGCAUGCUCGUGGCAUGACACAUAUAAAUGGAGAGCAAACCCAGGUACCAGCAGGAUCGCAUGACCUCCAGUCGUGGCAUUACCACAGGGCGCGCACUGCUAGUCCAAUAGAUGCGACCGGUUUCUUGCAUGCGAAUGGGUUAAUGGGCGGUCGCACCGCAGCUCUGUCGAGCUUAAUUCCUCAGCUCUAUCGCGUGAACGAAUCAGAUCUGCUGCAGAGCCCAUCAUCGUUCCAAGCGCUCGCUCAGGCGCAUGCAAUACAUGCCUUCCAAGACAGUGUAAUAAACGUGGCUUCACUUCGCCAGCUCCCUGGACGUGACAUUCUCACUUUAGGUAAUUUCGGAAUACCUGGCUUGCUCAGCAAUAGGACUUUGUCGCAUCAACCGUUGGCCGCAAAUACGACACCCGCGAGCCCAUCUUCGGCUCGUUCUGAUGCUGGCAAGCCCAUGGCUCUUCCGUCAGACGAAGAUAAUCUUUCUGAGUAUCAGUGUCUGAUUCGUGCUCAGAUUGAUCUUUUUGAAGCCCGAACUCGUGACAUUGAAUGCAACGCCCAAGGACGAAACAAACCGAUAGCUCUAGGGCAAGUCGGUAUUCGGUGUCGUCAUUGCUCGUUUUUGCCCCCGGGGCGUCGGCCUCGCGGAGCGGUAUAUUUUCCUGCAAAACUUCCUGGAUUGUACCAGGCGGCGCAGAAUAUGGCGAUCAAUCACUUCUCAGAGAGCUGUCAAGCUAUUCCGGAGUGCACUCGCAGCAAGCUUUUGCGACUAAAAGAACUUAAAACAACCGUUCUAGGAGGGGGAAAGCAAUACUGGGCCAACGGUGCUCGCGUGUUGGGAAUCAAAGAGACUGAUCAUGGUUUAGUAUUCGACCUUUCCAUCUCAGAAGAAUUCAUUGACACGAAAGAGGGCCAACGAAUCUUGGAGAGUUGAACUCUUCACUAUCACACUUAGCUCAUAAAGUUAUCAAAUUCGCUCGCGAUUAGCGCACAGUCUGCAACUAGAAGAGAUAUGAACCAAAUCC